AAACAAAGAGAUGGAAUUUGUAUGGGCCCUGGAAUCAAUGUUGAACAGGAACCUCCAGCAACUCUCCCAAAAAAUUCAAACUCUGGUAGAAGAUGCACUGGAAUGGCCACAGACCACUAUGUGUGAACUUCAGCAGCGCAGAGGUAACCUGGAGAAGAACAAAGAAAAGAAGGAUGAGGAAAGUUCAAGGGCCCUGCAAUGCAGAAUGGAGACAUUACUCCAGGAGCUUUCCCAAAGAUUUCAAACUCUGGAACAAGCGUUACAGUUGAGACAAGCGUUCCCAUAUCAUCAGUUCCUGCUUUUCAGAGCAUACCUGGAGAACAACCAAGCAUCUUUUCUCAGUGGAGCUACUUUGGCACCUGUAGCCCAUGACUGCUUGGAAAUCAUGGAGACAGUUUACUCCAGCAGACCUGACCUGAAGGAGGAACCUCUGGACGAUGCUGAGGACUCCUGGUCCACACACAGCAGCAGCAUCAUAAAGUCAGGGACUCCUAAGGCAGGAUAUGCAGUGACCACUGCCCCCAGGGUAAUCAAGGCAAAACCUUUACCUGCAGUGAUAGCCAUGCAGCGAGAAGAGAUAAUUCACUUACGAGUCCUGGAACUGGCAAGAGGGGAGAGGACUAAUAUAUGGACUGACUCCAGAUGUGCAUUUGGUAUAGGGCCUGCUCAGGGUGCUGUCUGGAACAGAAGAUUGCGUGAAGCUCGAGGCUUUUUCAGGUCAGUGUCUGGAGGAGAAGUGGAAUGGAUCACACCAGGUGCUUCUGACAACCUUCAUGCCAAUCAAGAUCAAAGAACAGCCUGCCUGGAUCCACUAUUCAGGAGUAUAGAAGGCAUCCAAAGGAGCAUGGACAUCAGAGCCAAUAGGACCAACGAUCUUCAAGUUCUAAUGCUGACCCUUGUGAUUCUGAUCAGUGUCAUAAUUCUGGCUAGAAUCUUUACCUUACCCUGGCCAUAGUCCUCACACUCACAUCAGCUAUUCCAGUAUGGCUGGGGAAAAUCUCUCAGAUUUUAAUUUGGCCACUGUGGUUAUGCACAGAAAUGAAACAUCCUUGAAACAUGAUGGGAAGAAGAAAAAUGAGACUAGUAUUCUAAUUGAAUAAUUGGGGAAGAAAUACAGAUAGGGUGUAGAGGAAUCAAUACAUCCACACAUGGAAAACUCGUAUAACUCAAAUCACUGUAAGGGAUUUUAUAGAAUAUAAUAAAAGGAAAAUAAUU